AUGGAAGUCGUCGGGAAUGAACUGCUUGCGCUAAACGAUCUCCUUACGGGGAGUCAGGACGCUGAAAACGACUAUGAAGAGGUAGGAUCACUUCCUGUUGCGUGCGAUGUGACGCGCCCUAUCGGCCAGAUCCGCCAAGAAGACCCCAAGGCGAUCUGGUCGAUGCAUGAAGUCCCAAGCGACGACGAAGACGACGACGCCUUCGAGACUCGAUCUCGACCCAAGUUCGAGGUCCUGUACAAGCAGAGCGUGAUGACGGAGGACGUUUUCCUCGGACUCAGCGACAAGGACCCGUCGUCGGCCCACUGCGAGGCCAUGGUGGUGCGUGUGGAAUGCCCCGGCCACCGACUCGAAGACAUUGAACUCGACGUGAAGCGGCAGAAGCUGCUGCUACUGAGCUCCACCCUGAAGCUGGUGCUGCAUCUGCCGUUCCCCGUCCGCCACCUCGAAGGCCAAGCCAAAUGGGCCCACAAGACCCACUCCCUCUCCGUCUCGCUACCCAUUAUCCGGGACGAAUGGUGA